UCCCCUCUCAAUAGACACAAUGACACAGGUGGAGUUGCAGGACUUUAUCCCUCAGCUGGUCAGUAUUAUGAUGACCAACAGAACCGGGCUGUACAGGAAGAACUCGAGGCCGGAGUGGUGGCCGUCAGAUUUACCCUGGUCAGGGACCAAAACCGACCUCUUGUACCAGGAGAAUAAUUGGUCGGAGCCGUUAAGAGACGCGAUAAGGAAGUGUUACCGUCACAUGGGACAGGAGCGAUUACUGAAGAUGACGCGGCGAGACAGCAAACAGGUUUCCACAACCAGCAGUCGAAGCAAACCAGAGGAAAAGCUAGAUUCUUCAUCAAGUUACUACACAAACCCCACAGAAAACAAGAAGAAAACCUGCCAAUACGCUGAGAUCUACAUAUGUUACUUCUGUGAGAGUGAGUUCUCCGAUCGGACGUUGAUGCGAGAACACCAGGCUCAGUGUCAGGAGAGACCCCCACAGCUCCAGGAGGCCCUAAAGACCCCGCCCACAGCCACAGACCCCACCCAGGGGCCACCUCAGAUGAGUCCCGUCAAACUGAACCUCAGCUGUAAAGCCCCAAAAAUUCCCAAAGAUGGCUUCAUAAAGAUGUUCAAUUUAGUACCGACACAGAAAGUGGACAAGAUUCUGGCGCGACACAGGAAUAGUCUGGACGUAGAGUGUGAAGAGUUGGAUUACUCUGUUCCAGAGACUCCGAUUUCUCCCACCACCCCACGUACACCGAAGUCCCUGAUCUCACAGCUCAGUCGAGACGAGGGGCCAUCCUCCAGAAAGAGGCUGAGUUACACAGAGGGUGGGGAUAACGAGGAUAAGGAAAGUGUGGUCAGUGGAUGUAGUGAAGAAGCGGAGGAGAAGGCCACUCAGAAAGGGAAAUCUCUACUGACCAUAGACAUCUCAUCCCUGCUGGGCCAGAGGAUUCAGAAGCACGUUAAAACAGACUCGUUUGUUCAGGUGAUCGGGGAUUCCGAAUCAUUCUGUAAAACACCAGUCAAAAACUCUUUCUACGAAAAACUACGCAAUCGUACUAUCUCUUAUCCUGUGUUAUAUAAACAGCGGAGGAAACACGAUGGCAAGUUUGUGCAUGCGUAUGGAUUUACAAACGGGCAGAAACGAGAAAUCAAAAGAAGACUGAAAUCGGGGCUGAACAAGAAAAGCCGAGAGUUACAGAAGAGCAUGCCAAAGUGUUCAGUGGAAGUAGCAAGGCUAACAAAGUGGGAGCUAAAGAGGUUCAUGUCCAGACACUCCUACAGGAAAUUUUUGAAUCUCAAGACUGCAGAUAGUGCUUCUGAAUCAGAAUUUCCAAAGGAGCCUCUUCUGCUGUCUCAAAAUGUGGAUAAACUCCUGGGGCUGAAGAAGAGAUCUGAGUUGAAUGUGGCUAAACUGAAUCGCUUGGCUCCAGUGAAUGUUGUGUCUGAAGACGCUAAUGCUGAAAUCACCAAACACAAGUUAACACUGUAUCGAUGCCUGUUAUCUGAUCUGGCCACCAUGCAAUCAAGCUUGAAGAAAAGCAAGUCAACUCAUGCACUUCAGCAAUCUCUGAAACUGGAACUUAAACAGGUACCACUAGAAAGGCAAGGUGCAGAUCAAGCAUUAACAGUGAAGGUACCAGGGCAUAAAUCACCAAAGCUACCACUAAGCCCCCCUACUACACCAUCCAUAUUGACACAUCAGGACAGAAAGUCAAGGAAGCAAUCUUCAAAGCUGACAGAGGAUGACAUAUCCAUCAUUUCAAUAUCUUCUGACGAGGAGUCUUUGAGUUCCCGAUGCUGCAUGGCCUGCAAGAGGAAGAAAUUGUGUCCCUGCUCACCCGAGGUCUCACUGAUCCGAGUCUGCUCAUCACCCUCUGUUUGUGGCCUGAGUGUGUCCGUUGCGAGUUCUACUUCCAUCACCCCCCAGGUCUCCCCCUGUAGUUGUAUAUCCUCCCCGGAGUCUGAGGGUUCCCUUCAUCUGAAGCUCUCCCCCUCACCAGACCUGGUCCAGUGGCAAGUCAAGGCUCCAAAACCACCAGCAGCCGUAAAUAAAACGGGUACCAAGCCGCUACGCAGAUCUGACACUGAUACACCUGUGUCUUCCACCACGGCUUUAAGACUAAGGAGUAACAGCACUACUCAGAAACAGGAAACAGUAGAGGGUAAAGACAAGUCUGUUGUGUCCAGAUCUCCUGUGAAGAAACCACUCAGUACAUCAACACCAAAAACCUCACCCCACACCACCACACAAAAACGGGAAACAGAAGAGGGCAAAGACAAGACUGUGGUGUCCAAAUCUCCUGUGAAGAAAGCAUUGAGUACAUCUACACCAAAAACCUCACACCAGAGUUCUGCACAGAAACAGGAUACAGAAAUAGGAAAAGACAAGUCUGUUCUGUCCAAGUCUCCUGUGAAGAAAGCAUUGAGUACAUCUACACCAAGAACCUCCCCCAGGAAACUAUCACAACAAUCAGGCUCCCCGGUCUCUUCUUCUACAGAGGUCAAAGUUCAAGGACUGUCGAAAGAAAAGGACAAAAGUGCAAUGAAGAAAAUGUGUUCAGAAGAAAGCAAUGGUACAAAAGAAAGUGCUGGACAAAAAUCUCCUCAGAAGAAAGUGUCUCCUGUGAAGAAUUCUGAAGGACAGUAUGAACUGAUAAUCAGAACGAGGUCCAAGGCGGGGAUUCAACUGAAGAGAUCAAAGAGAAUCAUGUCAGCAUCAGAGGGCUCCCCACGGGGUAGUCCAAAAAAGAUAAAAUUAGACACUAGAUAAAACCUCUACUGGGUAGACACUAGAUAAAUUCUCUACUGGGUAGAUAGAAAGUUAAAUAAAUCUGUUUUAGAUGUAGGGUAGAAAUUCUGUUGAAAGU